AUGUCAGCAGCAAAUGAGAUGCAGCAGCAGCUGCUGCAGCAACAAAGCAGCAACGACGAGCUGACAGCAGCAGCAGCAGCAACAGCUGCAGCAGCAACUGCAGCAGCAGAUGCAGCAGCAACUGCAACAGCAGGAGCAGCAGCUGAAACCAUUCAUAUAAAGCUGACGCCGGCUCCUAAGCAAGGGCAAAGCCCCUCCCCCAGUUGCUGCCCUCAGGGGAUAGCUAGACUACGCCCCACCCCUAGUUGUAGCAGCAGCAGCAGCAGCAGCAGCAGCAAACAGUGCAUGCAGCGCGGUGCUGCUGCUGCUGCUGCUGAGGGUUCAAGUGAACAGAAUGUAAUAUCUAAGGCGGAUGAAGCAAAGGCAGAAGCAGUCGUUGCACCGCCCGCGGCGGCUAUAACCACGCAGCAGCAGCAGCAACAGCAGCAGCAGCAACAGCAACAGCAGCAGCAGGAGUUGCAGCAGCUACAGCAGCUGCUGGAGGAGUACAGUCUUCGUCGUUCUGCGUUUGAACGCAACAGCAGCCAGAGAUAUGAAAGAGUAUUAGAAGCAGCAAAACCACGGAGGCGAUCGAGUGCAAUAUGGAAUACAAGCAGCAGCAGCAGCAGCAGCAGCAGCAGCAGCAGUAGCCAGCUGCGGCUGCAGCUACAGGUUCCCUCUGGGAGAAAUGGGUCUCUGUUUGGUUCUUCUCUCCCCUGA